CGAACGGUAUUUAAGAUGCUGAGUUGUAGAGCCUUCAGGCUUGGGAAGGAAAGCUAUAGGAUGCCCAAUUAAGCCACGUUUUCAGAAACUCAAGCUUUGACAAAGGCUAAGAAAGAAGAAGGAAAGAGAAAACAGAGUGGUGAGCCCAUCGACAGUGAGGGUACAAGGUUGUAAUUAUUACAGCUCUGCAGCUCAGCUGGGCACAUCCAGAUUCCUCUCCAGGAAGAGCCUCCUCACCAGGCCCACGAAAGAUGCUGACAAAGACCCUUUCAGCUGUGCCCUGGCUUUGCAUUUUCAUCUUGGCCUUUGUUAGUCACCCAGUGUGGCCACAGAAGCCCACUAAGCGCAAGACACCUGCACAGCUCAAAGGGGCCGCCUGCUGUGAGGAGGUGAAGGAGCUCAAGGCCCAGGUUGCCAACCUCAGCAGCCUGCUGAGCGAGCUGAGCCAGAAGCAGGAGAAGGACUGGGUCAGCGUGGUCAUGCAGGUGAUGCAGCUGGAGAGCAGCUCCAAGCGCAUGGAGGCGCGGCUCGCCGAGGCCGAGGGCAAGUACUCCGAAAUGAACAACCAGAUCGACAUCAUGCAGCUGCAAGCUGCACAGACGCUCACGCAGACCUCGGCAGAUGCCAUCUACGACUGCUCGUCACUCUACCAGAAGAACUACCGCAUCUCUGGGGUGUACAAGCUUCCUCCCGACGACUUCCUGGGCAGCCCUGAGCUGGAGGUGUUCUGUGACAUGGAGACGGUAGGCGGUGGCUGGACCGUCAUUCAGAGACGGAAGAGCGGCCUCGUCUCCUUCUACCAGGACUGGCGGCAGUACAAGCAGGGCUUCGGCAGCAUCCGCGGGGACUUCUGGCUGGGGAACGAGCACAUCCACCGGCUGUCCCGGCGGCCAACCCGGCUGCGCGUGGAGAUGGAGGACUGGGAGGGCAACUCGCGCUACGCCGAGUACAGCCACUUUGUUCUGGGCAACGAGCGGAACAGCUACCGCCUCUUCCUGGGGAACUACAGUGGCAGCGUGGGGAACGACGCCCUCGUCUACCACAACAACACGGCCUUCAGCACCAGGGACAAGGACAACGACAACUGCCUAGACAAGUGUGCGCAGCUCCGCAAAGGUGGGUACUGGUACAACUGCUGCACGGACUCCAACCUCAACGGCGUCUUCUACCGCCUUGGGGAGCACAACAAGCACCUGGACGGCAUCACCUGGUACGGCUGGCACGGCUCCGCCUACUCGCUCAAGCGGGUGGAGAUGAAGAUCCGCCCGGAGGACUUCCAGCCCUGAAGGGCUGCCCGCGGCGGAGCGGGGCGGGAGACGCGGAGACAACGGAGG